AUGCUCGGACAGUCAAUCAGGGCUUCGCGCCAAACGCUCGCAAGAGCCGUCCUCAGGCAGAAUGCCGUCACCAUGCGCCGCACCUUCAUCACUCCCACCGCCGUGAGACAGGCCGACCUUGUCCAAGAUAUGUACCUCAAGGAACUCAAGGCCUACAAGCCACAGCCCCUCAAGGCCAACGAUGCCGAGGGUCAGGUCCAGAAGUUUGCCGUACCAAAGGCACCACAAUCCCCCGAAGAGGCCGACCUCCAGAACGACCUUUCCGCCUACGAGCAGCAGACACCAGAAGUUGAGGGCGGCGCCACAGGCUCUUCCGCGCCCGUCCAGGACUGGUUUGAUGAGACCAUCUUCGAGGAGGAGGAGCCAUCGAACCCAGCAGGCGCGAGCCACUAG